UGUUGUUACAAGCCCAUUUGCUUGAAUCGAACCAAACUUAGAUUGCACAGUAAUUGCAUAUUCCCAAAUGCACAUAUAUCGGUCACUGUCGUAUCUUGUAUGUGUCAUGUUCAUGGACAUUCAUCUUUACUAAUUGUCAAGGACAGCUGACCAAGAUGAACACUAUUGUCCACGACACGACAGAGGCUGUGAGACUGUCCCCUGACCAUAACCUCUACUUGAAGCCAAUCGCCAAGAUGACCAUUAACGUUGGCCUUCCCCAACUGAAGCUGCCCGGCAAAUCCAUCUCCAACUGGGAGGUGAUGGAAAGGCUGAAAGGCAUGGUGCAGCCCGACCAGUUCUCCUCCCUGAGAAUCUCCAAAAGUACCAUGGACUACAUCCGCUUCGAGGGAGAGGUGGAAAACAAGGGGGUGGUGAAGUCCCUCCUCUCCAAAUUGGACGGCAAGAGCAUCAAACUGAGUGGUUUUACAGACAUACUGAAAGUUCGUGCUGGUGAAAACAAGGUCGACUUUCCUACUCGUCAUGACUGGGACUCAUUCUUUAGGGAUGCCAAAGACAUGAACGAGACCGUGCCGGGGGAACGCCCGGACACCAUCCACCUGGAAGGGCUGCCUUGCAAGUGGUUCGCCUCAAAGGAUGGCGCCUCCUUGGAUAAGCCGUCCGAAGCUGUGCUCAAGACUGUGUUUGAAAGCUUUGGCAAGGUUCGAAAUGUAGACAUUCCAAUGCUGGACCCUUACAGGGAGGAGAUGGCCGAUAAGAAUUUUAAUACGUUCACCUUCGGAGGACACCUGAACUUCGAGGCCUAUGUGCAGUUCCAGGAGUACAUCGGCUUCGUGAAGGCCAUGGACACGAUGCGGGGCAUGAAGCUGAUGUAUAAAGGAGAGGACGGAAAGGCCAUAGCUUGUAAUGUCAAGGUGAACUUUGACACAACCAAGCACCUGAGCGACAUAUCGAUGAAGAGACGGCAACUGGAGAGGCAGAAACUGCAGGAGCUGGAGAGGCAGAGAGAGGAGCAGAAGCGCAAGGAAAAAGAGGAGGAAGUUAGGCGAAAAGAGGAGGAGAGGAGACAGCGGGAGCAGGAGGAGGAGGAGAAGGAGAGGAAGAAGGAGGAGAAGCUGCGCAAGAGGGAGCAGAAGCUGCGGGAGCGCGAGGAGAAGCGCCUGGCGCGGCGGGCCAAGAAGCAGCAGGAGGAGGAGCAGAGGAGGCUGCAGCUGCGCAUCGCCACCGAGGAGAGGAAGCUGCUGCUGGCCCAGCGCAACCUGGAGUCCAUACGGCUGGUGGCAGAGCUGCUCAGCCGCGUCAAGGCUCUGCGGCAGCAGCAGGUGGAGCGUGAGCGGGAGGAGGAGGCGCGGCGUGCGGCCGAGCAGCGCGAGCAGGAGGCGAGGAGGCAGGCCGAGGAGCGCGGGCGCCUGCAGCAGCUGGAGGAGAGGCGGCGGGCGCAGGAGGCGGAGCUGAGGCGUGUGGAGGGCGAGAAGGCCCGCGCCCUGCAGCUGCAGCGCAAGGAGAGGGAGCUCCGGGAGAGGCUGCUGGGAAACCUGCUGAAGAAGAGCACCGGCACCGGCACUGGCACCCCGGAGGAGGACGAGGACGGAGAGGGGACCGCGGCGGAAGAAGCGGGACACGGGAGCCUCGGCCUGGAGCUCAUUGUCAGAGACCCAGCCCUGGAAGCCCAGCUGCAGUGCGCGGCGGCCUACCAGGCCAGGGCCCAGGUGAACGGGGUCAGUCACGGGAAAGGAGCGGGCACCGGUGAGGGGUUGAGUCGUCCGGGUAAAGGAGACAGGGGGAGUCACACAGUAGUGGCACCGAAGCUGAAACAGGGCCAGGAGACACGCGGGGGACGUGGGAGCAGGGACGGGGGCGGGGGGCGGGACCGAGGCCAUCACCAGAGCAGCAGCAGGAGACGCAGCAGGAGCAGCAGUAGGAGCAGGAGGAGGCACAGCCCUGCUGGGUGGAGCAGGAGCAGGGGCCAGAGGAGAGGCAGCACCAGGCGCAGCCCGAGCAGCAGGGACGGUGGCGGCGGCAGCAGUCGGAGGAGGCGCCACAGUAGCAGCAGCAGGAGGAGGAGCGGGAGUCGGCACCGGGGGCGGGAGCGCCACCACCACAGCAGGAGCCACAGCAGGAGCAGAGAGCACAGGAGGAGGAGCAGCAGGAGCCGGCGCAGCUGGAGCAGCAGUGGGAGGAGUAGUAGCAGGAGCCGGAGCAGGAGCAGAGACCACAGCUACUCCCGCAGCAGGAGUCACAGCCACAGAGGACAUGGGCGGGGCCGGAGCCUAAGUAGAAGCUCCUCCUCCAGCCGAGAGAGAGGGCGAGACCACAGGCACCGCAGUCGCAACACGGACAAGUACCACUCCAGACGGCGCUAAUGUUACACUUAGCAUUUCACAUUUAAAAGAUUUGCUGGCUUUUUUUCCUCCAGAUUUUAAAAAAAUAACUUUACUGUUGAUUGUAUUGAAAGUGGUGGCAUAUAUUAGACUGAAGUACCGUUGUGUAUGCACUACUAUUUCACGAACAAUUUUUUGCUUUAAAGCAAAGACUUAGCUGCUUAUCAGGAAAAAAAGUACACAGAUUUUCCCAAGUGCUGUGCUGGAUUUUUGUGGAUGUUUGUCAGCAUACUAAAUACCUCAUCCUCCGUUGUUUUUCCCAUCAAGGCAAUGAAAGCUUCUCAAUUCUCUGCUACCAGUGAUCAUUUAUUAUUGCCGUCGUUAUUGGUUCAGGAAAACGUCAGUAUGGACAUUAUGGUACAAACUAUUUGCCCUCAGCCUUUAACAACAGAUAAGCUGCAGUUUGCACUUUUGUCUGUAUGUUUUUAGGAAUUAAUUUGCUCAAUGCUUUCCCUUAAAAUUAUUUGCAGCCUUUUUAUGUACACGACCCUGGAAAUAGUUUUGAAGUAGCCCUGAGGAUUUAAAUGGCACCCUAUGUUCUUAUUCUUCUCAAAAUAUUUUAUUAUGCCAAAGACGAAUAAAAGAGGAACAACACUUUAGAUGAAACACUACGCACAGGAACAAAAAAAUCGCUUUCAUAAAAGUGUAGCUUGCGUGAAAUGGCUUUGUGUAAUCAGUAAAAUACCAGAAGCUCAUCCAGUACCGUACGGUUUAUUUUUUCCUUUUAUUUGUCAUAGACUGAAACCAUACAUCCUGAACAUUUAAAUGUUGCGUUCAGCCUUUUUGGCAUGGCAAGACUGGCCUUCCACCAGCCUACGGUGCUCCUAUCGGUUUCACACCGUCAGCAAAGAUGUUGUGUAACGCCUUGUUGCCAGUUGACGUAGCAUUACUCUUGAACAAAUAUGGCUAUGAAAUUAGUUUCAAUAGACAAGGGUAGACAAUGCGACAUCUAGGGUCUCAUCGUCUCGCUGGACUGCGAUGCUGUGCCUCCGUGCUAACUCGGGCGGAAGUUGUGAAUGGUUCAUUCAAGCAAUACUGGAGUUGGAUGGGAUGGGAUGGGCUGUAUACUGUGACUUGCUUGUUAAGUUUUGUCUUGACUCAACACCGGGGUUUUUAGGGUUUUUUUUAAGUUUGUGAAUAAAAGGGAAGCAUAAGCAUUUGUUUAGAUUUCAGAACUGGUCAGCUCCUUUUCUCCCAGUACUGUUGCAUGUGCUGGCUGAGCCUUGAAAACAAGUCAGUAUUCAAAUGGCCACUGUAAUGUCCCCUUAGUAAUAUCUGAAUAAAUCUCAUUCAAUGCA